UAGUCUAGACAUUUCAGAUUCUAUAAUGUCUCUCCAUGCAGCAACAGAAUCUCAUGAAUUGGUAUUUUUCAUUAAUGGGGAAAAGAUAUCAGUGAAGAAUGCUGAUCCAGAAACAACAUUGUUGUCCUACUUGAGAAAGAAUCUCUGUCUCACAGGGACAAAGUAUGGAUGUGGAAGUGGGGGCUGUGGUGCCUGCACCGUAAUGAUAUCCGUGCAUAAUCCAGUUUCUAACAAGAUACUGUAUUAUUCAGCCAAUGCUUGCCUAAUACCCAUCUGUUCAUUGCAUGGCACAGCUGUCACAACUGUUGAAGGUAUUGGAAGCACCAAAUCCAGGAUUCAUCCUGUUCAGGAAAGACUUGCUAAAUGCCAUGGCUCCCAGUGUGGUUUUUGUACUCCUGGAAUGGUUAUGUCUGUCUACACUUUAUUACAAAACCAUGCAGAACCAUCUUCAGAACAGAUAUAUGAAGCACUGGCAGGCAAUCUCUGCCGUUGUACAGGAUACAGGCCAAUAGUUGAAGGCUGCAAGACCUUCUGUAAAACAAAGGACUUUCAAUCUUGUAACAUAAAGGAGAAAAUAAACUGUUGCUUGGACAUAGAGGAAAGCUUCUCUUCCUAUGAACAAAAUGACAUUUGCAGAAAGCUCUUCAUAGCAGAAGAAUUCCAAACACAGGAUUCAACCCAGAAACCUACUUUUCCACCUGAGCUGAUAUUAAUGGCUACUGACCAGCAUAAAAGAACUCUAGUUUUCCAUGGACAAAGGACAACAUGGAUUUCUCCAGUGACUCUAAAGGAAGUGCUAGAGCUGAAAUCCAAAUUUCCCAAAGCACCUCUUGUAGUGGGAAAUACAGUUGUUGGACUCAACAUGAAAUUUAAAGAUGCUUCUCAUCCAGUUAUCAUCUCUCCUUCUAGGAUUUUUGAUCUGAAUGCUGUGAUUUUCUCAAAAACAGGCCUGACACUAGGAGCUGCCUGCAGCUUGUCCUUAACGAAAGCCAUCUUGACCCAGGCUGUCUCAGAUCUACCAUGGGAGAAAGCAGAGAUCUUCCGUGCCCUCCUGAAGCAAUUAAAACAUCUGGGUGGACAGCAGAUCAGGAACAUUGCUAGUUUAGGAGGUAACAUCAUCAGGAGACAUCCAUCCUCAGACCUGAAUCCUGUUCUUGCUGUUGGCCGCUGUGUUCUGAAUCUGGUAUCUUUACGUGGAACUCGGCAAAUUCCAUUGAACGAAGACUUCUUGAAUGGGAUUGAAAAUGCUGUUCUCGCGCCAGAUGAGGUUUUAUUGUCAGUUUAUAUCCCUUACUCAGAGAAGGGUGAGCUUGUGUCAGCCUUCCGCCAGGCCCAGCGGCGGGAAAAUGCCCUGCCUAUUGUCAAUGCUGGAAUGAGGAUUUUGUUUAAACCGGAUUCAGCUGUUAUUACCGACUUAAGCAUUUUUUAUGGAGGCAUUGCUUCCACCACAGUCAGUGCAAAGAAAUCUUGUCAGUUGCUUCUAGGAAGGAACUGGAAUAAAAAUACCCUAGAAGAAGCUUGCAGGCUAGUUUCUGAGGAACUUUCGGUCCUGGACACCACUCCAGAAGGAAUAUCUGAAUACAAACAAACUCUAAUUACAAGUUUCAUAUUUAAAUUCUACUUACAAACAUUGAAGCAAUUGAACCAAAUG